UUUAAUUUUGGAUCAAUAUUCUACAUCAGUAUUGCGUUUGAAUAUUAAUUAGAUAGCGUGUUUACAUGCAUAUCGAAGAUAAAACUGGACGGCGGUAAGAGGAAAAUAUAUACAUUGUGAUACCAUGGGAUUAUUUGAAAGCUUUGAUCAAGGCUUUAUCUAGAAAUCACGGUCCAAAUCUUGAAAUAUUCUUGAACAAUACACUGAACUCGAGAAAGAACACAAAUAAACAAAGUGCAGGGGAACAAAGUAAAAGGAAAUGCACAAAAUGCCCAACACUUGCCUUCUAGUAUGUCUACUUCCUUUCUGUCUAUUCCUUCAAGGUGUAAAUACAGCGAAUUGCAACGUAUCCAGAGUACAGAGUUGCGCUUCAAGAUAUACCGCUGCAGUAAUAUCAGCAGGCCAGGAUAUAACAAAGAUUUGCAGUGCCGCCCAUUCCUAUCUGAAUUGUUUGGAUAAAUAUGUUGCUGAUUGCAUUCAUUAUCCCGGCAGUAACUCCUAUGUAAGCAACUUAAUCACCGCUGCCAAACAACAACUGAAUAAAGCCGGAUGUGAAGCAAGUGGCGCCAAUGGAUCAGUUUACAGCAUCAUCGCUAUCACAGUGGGGUUUUUUCUUCAUAGAGUGCUUUAGAAACCAUCACAACUCCGAGAGUUUUAAGAACAAAUAUAUAGCUGUCAAAUAUAAUUAUUUUCAUGUUUAAUUAAAUUAGUUAGUUUUAUUUUCGUCUAAUUUUAAAUGUGUUGUGUUUUAUUUCCUUUUUAUUAGUAUCUACAUAAUCAUAUUGUACAUUGACCAUGUAUUUGUAUUUACCAAAUUUUGAAUGUUUCGAGAAAAUGUAAUGUGAGAAGGUGAAUUGAAAUGCCCCCAAUCAUUAGCCAAUCAUAGAACAGUAAUUAUAACGAAUCAGGUGUAAUUGUAUCAGACAAACAACUUGGGGUAAGGGGAAUAAAUAUAGCCGCGUUACCUUAUUCAGUUACCCUAGUGUAGCAGGGUGCCUACUGGGCAGUCCGAACUAUCAAUCUAUCCCAUCAUCAUUCACUUACUCUGUUCACUUUAUUCUUUGAGAAUGAACAUAACGGCGAAACAGGUCUAGGGACUGUGGUGGAAAGCAACGAAAUUACUCAGCUAUCCACUCAGUUAUAGGGCUAGGUUCUGUGUCUGUGCGACUAGGUUUUACAUUUUGUGUCUUUUGUAAACAAUGGUGUCUUGGUGACUUUUGCAUAUGAUUAGGGAAUCGUGGUGGCUAAGAUUCAGUAAUUGCGGUCUGUGUCGAUGAACAGCAGGAUUGUUACCUGACCACUCAGUCUGCUUUUAUUGAAGCAGUAGUUUAUUAUAAGAUAUACUCUAUAUUGUGUUAGUGAUCUCAUAUUGGAUUUUGUUGAUCAUCAUUGAUUAGUUCUUGAAUCGACCGAGGAAAACGAUCUACGUAUAUAUGGAAUCUUAGUUACCCGGUUGAGGCUUUUUUAAAAUUAUAUUUGUUAUCAUUUAUCCAGUGGCAUCUGCCGAGAGAAAUCGUACAUUUUGUUGCGAUUUAACUUGUUUUAACUUCAUUCUUAGAAAGUAAACCUAAGCGGACCCAGUUAGUAUAGAAAAUGAAUUGUUUGCUUGUGUACUUCGUUCUAAAAAAAUGCGUGUGUAAAACACUAUCUACCUAUGCAUUCUCAAUUUGUCACAUUUUUCUCAAGUAAAUCUGACCUGGUAAAUAUGUCGGUAUGUCCAAUUCUAUUCUCAGUCUCCUUCAUAUAUCGUGUUGAUAUAUCCCAGUGAUAUUGCGUGCCAACAUAAGGCAUUGUUUACAUGUGUAAUAUAAUUAAAGAUUGUAUAUUACAGGUUUGACCAUUAAAAUUCAUCCUUUUGAAAUUGAUAAA